AAAACGUACAAUAAUUGUAUUGAGUUCUGCCUAGCUUCACAAACCACUACUUUUUGUCUCAAAAAAUCCUUUAGCCAAUCAAAAACCACCAUGGCAGAGGUAGAUCCAGCCUUCAUUCAAGCCCUGGAACACAGGCCAAACCUCACAAUUAUGGAAGCACAAGGAAUACCCCUAAUCGACCUCUCCACAACAAACUCUUCUGAUCUCGUUGAGAAAGUUGGAAAUGCAUGCAAAGAUUGGGGUUUUUUCCAGGUUAUUAAUCAUGGAGUGCCGUUGGAGAAACGAGAAAAGAUAUUUGAUGCAUCGGCUAGAUUUUUUGCUCAGCCUCUAGAAGAGAAAAACAAGGUCAGGAGAGACGCCAAGAAAGUGUUGGGAUAUUUUGAUGCUGAGCAUACAAAGAACGUUAGAGACUGGAAAGAGUUUUUUGACUUUAAUGUACAGAAUCCAACUACUGUUCCUUCUUCACAUGAACCCAAUGAUACUGGAGUUAUUGAAUGGUACAAUCAUUGGCCUGAGUUCCCACCUGAACUAAGGGAAGUGUGCGAAGAAUAUGCUAAAGAAAUGGAAAAGUUAGCUUUCAAGUUAAUGGAGCUAGUUUCCCUGAGUCUAGGCCUGAAGCCAGAUAGAUUUCGUGAUUUCUUCAAAGAGCAAACCACCUUCGUUAGACUCAACCACUAUCCACCUUGCCCAGCUCCUCACCUAGCUCUCGGUGUUGGUAGACACAAGGAUGAUGGCGCCUUGACCAUUCUUGCACAAGAUGAUGUUGGAGGACUCGAAGUCAAGAGAAAAUCUGAUGGAGAGUGGAUUUGGAUCAAGCCAACUCCAAAUUCUUACAUUAUCAACGUCGGUGAAAUUAUUCAGGUAUGGAGCAAUGAAGCUUAUGAGAGUGUAGAGCAUAGAGUGAAAUUGAAUCCUGACAGAGAAAGAUUUUCUGUUCCAUACUUCUUCAAUCCAGCGCACUCCACUGUGGUACAGCCCUUAGAUGAGAUCGUAAAUGCGCAAAACCCUGCCAAAUAUAGGCCUCACAACUGGGGCAAAUUUAUCGUCACCAGAAAGCUCAGUGAUUUCAAAAAACUUAAUGUUCAGAAUAUUCAAAUCGAUCACUUCAAGAUAUGAUAUCAGAAUUAGCAGAUAAAGUAGAGGAUGCAAUAAGGUUCUCCCUACAAAUUGAUCUUUAUCCUCUGUAUGUAUAAAUAAAAAUAUGGAGUACUGUUAAGACUGUUGGGGAUAUAUAUAGUAUGUCAUCUCCAAGACCUUGUUUGAAUAUUUGCUAUAAAUAAAUAAAUAAAUAAAUAUGCAAU